GCUGAGAGACGGAGCUUUGCUGGGAGAGGUGCACGCUGUCCCGUGGAGUUGUCGCUGCAGAGAAAAAAUAUUUUUGGUGUAGAUACUGGGAUUGUGUACCUCAGAAUUGCAGCCCGAUGCUCUGACCUUGCUGUUUCUCUACUCUGUUUUUCCAGAUUGUCUAAGCUCUCAUUGGUCUGGUCCCUCUCAGUUCCCUUACAGCUGAGUGGUAUUCAUUAGAAUAACAAAGUUCAGCUGCCCCUUGCUGUGUUGCCAUAUUUUGUUAUAUAUCCCUGUUAGUCCAUGUUCGGUCCUUAUAGUGCUCUCACGAAUAACCCACUAUCCGUCUGACUUUGGGUACCGUUUCCACCCCCAAUUGCCCUCUCCUCUAAUCAGGCUGGAGCUUUUUACUCAGACGGUGAUGCUGCUGCUGGCCGCCACCUUUUUAGUGGCAUUUGUGCUGCUGCUGUAUAUGGUGUCCCCUCUCAUCAGUCCCAAGCCUCUCAAACUGGCUGGAGCCCAUGUGGUGGUGACUGGAGGAUCCAGUGGCAUUGGGAAGUGUGUUGCGAUCGAAUGCUUUAAACAAGGUGCCUUUAUAACUCUGGUUGCGCGAGAUGAGGGCAAGCUGGUACAAGCCAAGAAAGAGAUAGAAAAGUAUUCAGUAAAUGAUAAACAGGUUGUACUAUGUAUAUCAGUUGAUAUAUCUAAAGACUACAGACAAGUGGAAAAUGUCAUUAAACAGGCUCAAGAGAAAUUAGGUCCUGUGGACAUGUUAGUGAACUGCGCGGGUAUGGCAAUUGCUGGAAAUUUUGAAGAAAUAGAGAUUGAUAAGUUUGCUAGGCUGAUGGAAAUCAAUUAUCUGGGUAGUGUGUAUCCCAGCCGAGCUGUGAUACCUACCAUGAAGGAGAGAAGAAUGGGAAGGAUAGUUUUUGUUUCAUCUCAGGCUGGGCAACUGGGAUUAUUUGGCUACACAGCAUAUUCCCCUACAAAAUUUGCUCUUCGUGGUCUGGCGGAAGCUUUACAAAUGGAGGUGAAGCCAUACAACAUUUAUGUGACUGUGGCUUAUCCUCCAGACACUGACACCCCUGGAUUUGCUGAAGAAAAUAAAACAAAGCCUUUGGAGACCAAGUUAAUAUCUGAAUCUUCAAGUCUCUGUCAAGCAGAUCAAGUUGCCAGAGUGAUAGUUAAAGAUGCCAUUCAAGGUAAUUUCAAUAGUUCAGUUGGCUCAGAUGGUUAUAUGCUGUCCUCCCUAACGUGUGGGAUGUCCCCUGUAACAACCAUUACAGAAGGACUUCAGCAGGUUGUCACAAUGGGCCUGUUUCGCAUCAUUGCUUUAUUCUACCUUGGAAGUUUUGAUAGCAUUGUACGUCGCUGCAUGAUGCAGAAGCGCGAUUCUCAGAAAUCCUGUAAAACAGACUAGUGUCAAGAACUUAACAGACUGAUUGCUGCUAGGAAUACAAAUGACCUAAGGCUAAUGUUCCUGUCACCUGAUUAGUCUACCUAUUCAGCAUGUCACUGUUUUUCUGCCAAGAUGAAGUAAGAGCGUCCUUCAGAUGUUAAAAGCCUGCUGGUUACAAUGCAAACUGAAUUGAUUGCCGUGUUCUAAGUCUUAUAUAUGGCUGAUACAUGGUACAUGUGACAUAGACUGUUUUGUACACUGUUACUUUCAAUGAAAAGAAGCCUCUUUUUUCUUUCUAACUGUUAAUAAUGGUUCAACACCUAAUGAAUCUUUCACAGGGCCAUAACUUGUUGAGAAAGCAAACUGCUGUUUCUGGGCAUGGGAAGUAAUUAGGAAGCAAUUCAGAUACCUUGAAGAUAAAUUUUAAAAUGCUUACUAUGACCAAAAGAUGAUGCAAAUAUAGAAUGAAGAUUAUAAAUAUUUAGACUGAUGGAGGCCUUAACCGUAUAUCAUUUUGCAGUCCUAAAUGCUAAUAAAACUACCGCAAAUGAACUUAUAAGUUAUGUUUUAGUAGUAAAUACUGGAUGGCAACUAAUGAGGAAUACUAACUGGCUGCCCAUAAUACUGAAAAGCAAAGACAUUCUUUUUUUUUAGGGUCACAUUAGUUUUUUUUAUGCAUUUUGUCCAUUAUGGUCAAAGGACCAUAGAGAAGUCCUACUUGCAAAAUUGGUAGUGGUUAACAAAGUUCCACAUAAUUUUUGACAUUUACUGGUAUUGCCUAUUUUAAAGUGUAUUGGUUGGUUUCUUGGUUUCAAGAUAAGGAAGUGGUGCUGGGCCCUGAUAAAGGUUUGUUGCUUAUUCUCCAGUUAUUUGUAGAACCAGUAGUUUUACAAUACUCAACACUGAGCUAACCAUACAACAAGCAUUUUUAAAAGAUUUUUUUAAUGGACAGGUUUGCCAAGGUGGUAUCAGUUGUACUUUAUAAAGCAACAUUCUCAGCAAGUGCACUUUAAGAUGGAGAAUUAAAUCAGACUGAUCAGUGGCAGUUUCAGUGCUGUCCAAGAUUCUCCAUGCUUUGGUCCAAUUAUCAACUCUCCUCACACAUGUAACAAGAUUCUUGUCAAGAAGUCUAUGUAGAUUUUGGAAAUGCUUGGGACCAUUAUAAUUUUUUGGAGGGCCACAUCCAGCAAAUCACCACCAGUGAAUGGACCUGCUAUAGAGGUUGCUAUAGAGGUAGCAUAUUAGGGUUUUUGUUUGAGACUGUUAGAAGCAACUCAGGUGGAGCUAAACCUUAUACCAUGGACAAUAUGAGUUCUUACCAAAGUGUAGCAUCAUAGUUCUUUCUUUUAAAGAAAAGAUUACAGAAAUGAGGGUGAGCUUUUUAUAUCUUAUGGCCAGGACUAGUUACACAGAAUUGAUAUUUCUUUACAAGCAAUACAAAGUAAAAUGCACACCCAAACCACAGACCUUCAAAUGUUAAUUUAUAAAUCAGGAUUUUGGACUCUCCUAUAACUAACAUCUCUGAUCUAAAGGUUUUUUGGCCAAGAAUAGUAAUGGCUACAUUUUAAUAAUGCCUGAUUCAGAUUUGUUGCAUCCUGUGUUACAUAUAGGCAAUCUACUUCAUCAUGGAAAGCCAGUGUCUGUUUAGGAAAACACAGAUGAGAUCAAAUGUGGUACACCAUGCUCCCAAAAUUUAAUGUAAUUUGAAAAUGUUAUACAAAGUAUGACAAAAACAGGGUGGUAUUGCUGUCACUUAGGUUUGGCCUUACAUUAUCUGAGUACAGUGUACAUAUACUGUAGUUGACUGGUAACAGUGUGGUUGCUACUUUUUUAAAAAGAUCAAUUACAAAUCUUUUGUUUCAACAAUGAUUUUUGCCGUAUAAGCGUUCUGUUAAUUUGCAGGUAACUACAAUUCUAAAUGGGCGAAUUAUCGGAAUUUGAGACCAAAAACUUAAUACAAUUGACCAUUUUUUCCUGCAAAUGACAUUGCUUUUGGCAUUUAUCAGUUUUUCUUGUCUUUUUCUUGUCUUCGUGUCAAUUAUUCAUUGUCAAUGAAUCUUUCUGUCACUUCAAGUUGCUUUACAAUUAGUUUAUGGGAAGCUUGUGAAAUGCAAGAUAAAAACCUCUACCUGUACCAUUAGUUUCUAGUAAGUAGUUGAGUUAUAAUAAAGUCACAUAGAGCUUACAUAAUA